AAGGCGAGUUGUUCUAAAGGAGUUACCUGCUCUUCAAACUGUGGCUAUAUCUCUAGUCUCAACUAUCCAGACGUCUAUCCAGUCUCAUCAGAUUGUUCCUGGACAAUUAAGGGACAAAUCGGGCAGUAUGUUGAAGCCUCGUUUCUUCAGCUAGAUGUUCUGGGAUCCGACGAAUGUGAUGGAGAUUUUGUGAGGUUGUACGAUGAGGGUCUUACUGAAGAAAGGCAUUCUCUAGGAAAGUUUUGUAGAGAUAGGCGACCUAUUUCCAACAUUAAUACAAACUGGAAUGAAAUGGCAGUGGAAUUUUAUUCUGAUUUUGAUGAAACAUCCAGUGGUUUUAUGUUGCGAUAUGAAUUGAAGACGAUCAGGUUGCAGAAUAACACAGUGAUAGGUGAUUUAGGUAGGAAUAAUGAAAUAAAAUAA